GUGGUUUUAUAGUCAGCUAUAAAGCACUAACAAAAUUUGGAGUAUACUUGUUUCUCUCUACCUGAUUUUCUCCAGAAUUUGGAAACUGUGAGUAUUCUUAAGUUAUGGCAAUAUAGUUAUUUGCAUAAGUGCAAUAAGAAUCUGUUUUCUUUUGUAGCAGGACACAAUUGGAGAAAUUGGUUAUUUCAGCAAGGCUUUGACUGGAAUGAUGUGCUUUCCUUCAAGGAAUCAAACUUGACUUAUGAAGCCAAUAAAGCCCUUGGGAAACUGGCCUCAUAUUUUGUGUACACAGUCCCUGUACAGGGUUUCUGAUCUGAGGCAGCCACAUUGUCCUGUUUUGCUCCAGCCACAUCCCUGAGACACCAUGGUGAAGUUGAGGGCCCGAGUCAGCGGAUUUGGCUGUAUUGGGUGUCUGGUCACCAGGGAUACUUUUAACUCCGGUAAAGUGGAUAUUGUCACCAUCGAUGACCCCUUCAUUUAGCUCAACUACAUGGCCUAUAUGUUCCAGUAUGAUUCCACCCAUGGCGAGUUCCAUGGCACUGUCAAGGCUGAGAAUGGGAAGCUUGUCAUCAAUGGAAAGCUAGAUCCUACCAAAAUCAAAUAGGGCGAUACUGGCACUGAGUACAUUGUGGGGUCCAUCAGUGUCUUCACUACCAUGGAGAAGGUUGGGGCUCACUUUCAGAGGGGAGCCAAAAGGGCCAUCAUCUCUGCCCCAUCUGCUAACAUCCCCAGGUUUCUGAUGGAUGUGAGCCAUAAGAAGUAUGACAACAGGUUUAAGAUCAUCAGCAAUGACUCCUGUACCACCAACUGUUUAGCACCCCUGUCCAAGGUCAUCCAUGACAAUUUUGGUAUCGUGGAAGGACUCAUGAUCACGGUACACACCAUCAUUGCCAGCCAGAAGACUUUGGAUGGCCUCUCUGGGAAGCUGUGGCAUGACGGUCACAGGUCUCUCCAGAACAUCAUCCCUGCAUCUACUGGUGCUGCCAAGGCUGUGGGUGAGGUCAUCCUUGCCCAAAUGCAAGGACCCUAUAAAUCCCCUAUGGGAAUAAAUCCUCUGGAAGCACUUUCCUUUCUUAGGGCACUCUGCACAUUUACUGUGCACAGCACCUAA